CUCCACUUCAUCUCGAACCUCGAGGAAGCAAAAAUGGCGGAGGUGAAUUCUGGUGGUCGAAGAAUCAAACAUUCACUCUCUCUCUCUCUCUUCCUGUCAUUUCUCCUCCUUUUCCCUUUGCAGUGAUAUGCCCACUAAUGAUAAUUAUUACCUCACAAUCCACUAAUCUACUUGCGCGUCUCCAUUUGCGUUCCGCUUUCUUCCCGCCGUGGAUCAUUUGAUCCAAUUUUUCCGCCAUUGUUGUGUUUUUGCUGGUUUUUGUUGAGGUCUGUUAAUGGAGACGAGCAAUAAGUUACCGAAGAAGAGGAAAUGGUUCAUUCCCUUGGUGUUUUCUUUGCUUCUGACUACAUUGGUGGUUUUUGUUUCGAUUUUUACUUCGCCUCAUUUCUCCUCUUCCCAACUACACCGUGUUCAUUUGAAGAAUCCGAUUCCCCGUUUUGUUGAAUCGAAGCUUACGAUCUCGAAAAUUUCAUCCGAUCCUGUUCCUCGUUUGGCUUACUUGAUCUCUGGCUCCACCGGCGAUGGGAAGAGCUUGAUGAGAGCUCUUAAGGCUCUGUAUCAUCCGAGGAAUCAAUACGCGGUACAUUUGGACUUGGAGGCUCCGGCGGCGGAACGGCUGGAAUUGGCUAAUUUUGUGAAGAAUGAACCGGUUUUUAAGAGUGUGGGUAAUGUGAGGAUGGUUUUGAGGGCGAAUUUGGUUACUUAUAGAGGGCCAACGAUGGUCACUAAUACGCUUCACGCGGCGGCGAUCCUGCUCAAGGACGGUGGAGACUGGGACUGGUUUAUUAAUCUCAGUGCUUCUGAUUACCCUCUGGUCACUCAAGAUGAUCUGCUUCACACUUUGAUAUCCAUUCCAAGAACCCUGAACUUCAUUGAGCAUACCAGUGACAUUGGAUGGAAGGAGUACCAGAGAGCCAAACCGGUUAUAAUUGAUCCAGGUUUGUACAGCCUUCAUAAAUCAGAUGUGUUUUGGGUCUCGGAGAAACGGAGCGUUCCAACGGCGUAUAAACUGUUCACAGGUUCUGCAUGGAUGAUGCUGUCUCGUCCCUUCAUGGAAUACUGUUUAUGGGGAUGGGACAAUCUCCCAAGAGUAGUCCUUAUGUAUUAUGCCAACUUCCUCUCGUCUCCGGAGGGCUAUUUCCACACGGUCAUUUGCAACGCCGACGAGUUUCGCAACACGACAGUCAACCACGACCUGCAUUUCAUCUCAUGGGACAAUCCUCCAAAGCAACAUCCCCAUUUUCUCAACCUUGAUGACUUCCAAAGUAUGGCAGAUAGCAAUGCACCGUUUGCUCGGAAGUUCGGCCACGAUGAUCCCGUCCUUGACAAGAUCGACUCCGACUUGUUGGGUUGCAAUGCUGAUGGAUACUUUCCUGGCAGCUGGUUUGAUUCAUUUGGAAAUAGCAGUACUUUGAGUAUGCAGGACAUAACGAACACUACUGAUCUUAGGCCAGGACCUGGUGCUGAAAGGUUGACACAUUUGAUCAAUGGUUUGAUAACCGCGCCUCAUUUUGAGACUACGCAUUGUGUGUAGCAGCACGGGUGGCUCGAUGUCGAUGCCGGAACGGGCGGGAGAGUGUACAGUUAACAGCAGAGAUCAGAUAGAAAAGCUACUGGGAAGGGAAAGUCUAACUACCUUUCUGGAAAACAUGCUUUGGCUAUUAUUCUUAUAUUGAAGUACAAUAAUUAUGUAGUUCAAUAAAAUUUAAACUUUCCAUCCAUUGAAAGGAUAGCUUAG